GCUGCUCCGCUCUGGGCUUGGAAACCUCCCCCGGAGCCUGGGACGCGCUGUCCCCAUCCUGAGGGAGCCUCUGGGGGGAAAUUGAGGGAUCAGGGCAGGACAAGGCACCAAAAUCCCCAUUCCCAGCCCAACGGAGCCCUCGGAGAGCGCGAUGGACGAGUGGGAUCUCCCACAAUGGAAAAAAGAGGUGGAAAGCCUCAAGUACCAGCUGGCCUACAAGAGGGAGAUGUCCUCCAAGACCAUACCUGAGUUUGUGAAGUGGAUCGAGGACGGAAUUCCCGAAGAUCCCUUCCUGAACCCGGAGCUGAUGAAGAACAACCCCUGGGUGGAGAAAGGCAAAUGCAUCAUCCUCUGAGGGUCCCCCCUGCAGGAUGGAGCUUCCCUUCCUCAGCUCCAGCUUGAGAAGCUGAAGGAAAAGCCUGCCCUCACCUCCUUUCUUCUCUUGUAGCUGUAGAAGGGGUUUUAGAAAUGGGGUGAAAUCCCCCAGAAUUGGCAGCAAAAGCUUCCCCAGGGCUUUGCUGCAGCUUCAUCUCACAUUUCUGCCACCCAAAAAAGGGGCAGAUCUUGCACCUUAUAAAUGAGCUUUUUAUAAAAAACCCCAUUUUUAGUGAUUUUAGAUACUUUU